CCAUCGCCGAAGUGCAAGUUUUUGCAACGUCGAAGAAAAAGUUGUCUGGCGAUUUUCCAGUUUCGGUUUCUUCACUGUUAGAAUAUUGAAAUUACCAAGAACAAAAUGGUUACAUAGUGAGAGUGUAUUUUUCGCAUAUUUCAAGUGCAGACUGUGCAUUUUUAAGAGCGGCAGCUGCGGCUAGAAUACCACCCCACCCCCUCGAACAAAAUUGCAUUUAAGCUUACUUUUGUUCCACAAUAGCAGCUGUUUAUCUACCUCCCCCCACCCCCAGGAUUCCUUAUCUGAAGAUUUUCCGCCCCCCGAAUUAAGUAAUACUCAUGUAUUAAUGAAUACAGAAUACAAUCCAGAACAUAUCAGAAACUAAAACUUGUUAAGAUCAAAAAAAAAAAAAAUUCAAAAAAUCUAAAGCACAUUUUGGCCUAUGUGCGCUGAAACAUUUCUUUGCCGUUCCGUUGACGUUACCCUUCUAGACGACUAAAGAGCCAUGGAUAGCUUGGAGAAUGACCAGGACGAGCUGCGCCACCAGCCAAGGGUCUCGAUGGCUUACGGCGGUGUGACCUCGAGUCCGGGCGGCCAGGAUACCCAUUCCCAGUAUGCCAUGUACUAUAAUCAGCAGCGGGACACGCUUUCCGAUAGCUACAUGCUAAUGACACCGUUCCUGACCGGACCGCAGACCCACACCCAUACCCAUUCGCCGCCCACGUUCACCGCCCUGGUGGCGCCACGGCGCGAGGUGGCAUCCACCUCUGAAUUCGAGGCCAUGGCCAGGCGGUGCGACAAGUGCAGUUCGCUGGCCGGACUCUGCCGCUGUGAAUCGGUGGCCAGCAGCAGUCGCUAUGCGGACUCCACCCAGGGGCAGUCCCAGGAGGUGGUCCAGUUUCUGGAGCAGCCGUCCUCCUCCACAGCGGCGGCCGCCAAUCUCCCCGUUGCCCAUGCCAUUCCACGCCCCAAGCGAAAGAAGACUGAACCCCUGACGUUAGAGCCGGACGGCGACAAUGCCGGCGAUGCAGUGGUGGCCUCCAUCAGCGGUACUUGGCCUGCCGGCGCCAUGGAAGAGCAUGCCAUGGACGCCACUGCUGUGGUGUACGAAAUGCCCUCCAGUUCGCUGCAGUUGAGUAACAGCUCCUUUGACACAACGCCAAGUGCCGUCAAUGCGUACGACGAUGUGACUUCCAGUGCCUCGGACACGGAGCACGGACAGUUCGCCCAUACGCGCACCACAAACACUACGACGACCACAUCGGCAGUCCAUGUGAACAAGAAGAAGGCCAACCGCUCCAGCGAUGCGUCGAACUCGUCAUCUGGAGCCAUAGAUGCGGAUGCCACGCCAAGCACGAGUGCACAAUCGAGAAGACGGCAUAUUAAUCACUUCUCUUAUCGCAACUUAAGAGGACUGACGCCAGAAAAUGAGAGCAGCGAUGAUGGCUGGGAUCUGCGUGUACAUAAUCCGGCUCCCCCACUUGAGCCCACAGUCACGAUUAUUCGAGGUAGUAGGGGAUCCAAUGAUACGGAUGCAGGGCACACGGAUCACACAUACUUCAAUAGCCGACGCGCCGUGGCUGGAGCUCCGCCGGAUAGCACAUAUAUGCGACCAGCCUCUUGCUCCACAGCCACCCAUACAACGCGUAGUGUGGAUUAUGGGUCUCAUGUUAAUCAGAGAUCCGUGGAGCCGACCGCUGAUGGAACGCCGUCUACAACCUCUGAACAGGAAAACGAGCGGCAUGAGCCGCCUAACCUUGAUGAGGAAAAUAGGCAAGACCAGCACCAGGAGGAGCCGCUUGCCCAGGCUAUGCGCGGAAUCUUAGGCGCCGACUGUAAUCCUGGCAUUGUUUGGAGUCGGAUGCGUCCUUCGGACGAGUCAGUGCCGCCCAGGAAGCAGCCAAGACUGGAACUCACUAGAAGGUCGCCGCCCAGUUCCUCCACCAAACUGUCGCCCACGAAUUACAACUCGUUUCAGCCGGGAAGAAGCAGGCAUCGCACCUAUGCUGAGCAUGGCAGCAGUUCUGAGCAGCAUAAUCCCGUAUCUUUUCCACAGUCUUCGACGCCAAAUGCGAACGGACCCUGCGUGAUUACCUACGUGGGUCGCCCGAGGGAGAGACAGUCCUCCGUGGAGCUCAUCAAUCUUCCGUCCACUUCCACGGGCAGGCGAGGCAGCAACGUAAACCGCGGUGAUGCCGUCGUUCUGACUGCUCCCGAUUUGCAGCUGGACGACUGGUCCUCGGACUCGAACGACGAUGAUGAUGACGUGGUCUUCGUGCACUCCACCCGUGAGCCCAUUCUAUCGAUUGAUCUGACCUCAGAUGACGAUGGCUUGGCCAAUGAGACGUCACUUCAGCGGGAUAGGGAGCGAGGCCGAGAGAGGGAGCGUGAGCGGGAGCGGGAUCGUGAGCGGUAUCGGAACGACCAUCAACACAACCAGGAGAAUCCAAGUGACGAGAGAAGACCCAUAUUUAACUAUGCCUACAGUCUCCCAUAUGCUCGCAGGACAGAUCGUCGGACGGAGGCGAACAGUGAUGGCACCUCGGCAUUCGCCUUUUAUAGCGGUGCUCUGGCGGAUCGCGCUGCCAUAUCGGACCACAACUACAGCUAUGAGCUCGACCAGCUGAUGGAUCCCGGCGCCAGUCACUUUUACCCGCAGCGCUGCUCAAGCAUGGAUCCUCAGCGCUACUUCCUUCCAAUCAACGAGUCAUCCGUGUGGAUGCAAAGUCAUCCACCGGCUCCUCCACCACCACCGCCACUACCGCCGCAUUCGCUGCCAGAGAAUUCUUCCGCUGAGGCCUUCAUACGCCAUCAGCAGAGGGCACCCACCUCGACGCCGAGCAGUUCCGCUGGUGGCCAGACAUCUUCGCAGCAGUCUCGCCGGCGGCGCAGCAGUCCGGCCAAUGUCUAUCACCGCUACCAUCCCUACUAUGUGCCCCACUACGCGAUCACAACACUGCCCACUGUAAUGGAGGCGGAUUACUCACCAAGCCUCCAGCCGCAUCCCCAUUUUCAGGGCGGCCAAGGCGGAAGCAGUCGCAGUUCACUGAGUGGAGCGUUGAAUGCUGCUGCAGUUGCGGCGACGGCAGCGGCGGCACAGGCGCAAACUUUUAGUGAAUUGCUUUCCCAGGCGCACAACGAAGGACGAGCAGCCGCAUUGGAAGCCAGUUUGGAUGGGAGCAGGACGCCUCCGCAUGCCGUGGUGCACCAGCAGCAGCAGCGGCAAUCCAUCAAUCCACCAGCGCCGGGAGCAGCAUCAAACGGUAACCUUGGGGCCGCGGUUUCUCCGCCACCGCCUCUGGAAAUGUACUCCGGCCGCAGCACGAUUCCGUACUGCGGAUCUCCACCAUUCAGUGUUCGACGCUCGGAGGCGGCUUAUAGCAAUCGGCAGCACUACCAGCCGCAGCCGCAUCAAGGACACCAAGCGCCGCAGAACCAGAUGCACGCCCACAUCCAUCCGCCGCAUCGGGCUAGUGCCAUAGUUGCCACUUCGCUGACGCCAGCGCCUCCGUAUCCUGUGCACCAGAAUCUAUGGUACCGGCAGCAGAGCAUGCAGGAGAUGCACCGUCGUCACAUGACGCCCACGCCCAUAGAUCUCUCUUCAAAUGCUCCCCUGCUCACGAGCACCCUGCGAAACGGGUACCUGCAUAGCAUCUGCAGUUGUGUACAUGCGAGGAAUGGUCCUGUCUCCAGUUUGGAUCCCGCCUACUAUCCGCCGUAUGAUGCUGCGGCAGCUGCAGCUGCUCCUCCACCAUCACCUCAACAGCAGGCACCAGCCACAUCCGGAUCUGCUAGUGGGGGCGGUGCACCUCAACCGAGUCUGAGGCACCUGCAGCUCCAACCUCAACCGCAGCCGCAAGCCCAGCAAUCUCCACCAGUUAUGCAGCACUUGCAGCGACAGCGGGCUAUCCACCACCAUAUGUUUCACCACCACUACUCACCGCUGCAUCUGGAGAUCGGGCUGGCCACACCCCUCUCUUUGGGCUCCCGCAUCCUUAUCGGACCACCACGUCCAAACCGGGGAGCUACUUUGGAAACUAUUGAGCGGAAUACCUUGCCUCAUAAAUACAGACGAGUCCGGCGGCCCAGUGAGUCGGAUGAGGAUGCGGAAAAGUGUGCCAUCUGCCUGACCCUCUUUGAGAUCGAAAACGAUGUCCGCCGCCUGCCCUGCAUGCAUCUAUUCCACACGGACUGCGUGGAUCAGUGGCUAGUCACGAACAAGCACUGCCCUAUUUGCCGCGUCGACAUCGAAACCCAUAUGGCCAAUGACGCACUGGCGCCAAGCUCCAGUGGAGUCACCGAUGCCGCCAAUACCGCCGCCUUAUGACAUUGUGUGCAUGGAAUCUUUAUGUAAAUCUCUUAGACUGAGUUCGUCGCGGCAGGCAUCCAUAUAAGAACAAAGAAAAAAUAAUCUUAAUACCCUUAUAUACAAACCUUAAAAUGUUUAACCCACCGCAACGCAUGGAAAAGGCAAUUGCCAGGGCUUGCUGCCGUGUUGCGCUGAAAACUUUCAAAAAGCUAAAUCGGUUUGGCUCAAUUUCUAAGUAUACUAAGUGAUUUGGCAAAUUAUUUCCUAUACAUAUGUACAAAUUGUCCACGUAUUGUGAAACAAAAUUCUUGUGAUAAGAAUUUCAUAAAUAUGCCGUAUAUUGUUAUAGUAUAGAAUUCCCAUAAUGGGUGGGAAAGAUAGUUUUGACCCAAGCUUGUUGUUAUAUUUUUAAUUGUCAAACGAAUUACCACAUAAUAUCUGACCCUUAUUUUAAACGGCUUGGAAGUCUAAUUGGCACUGCAUUUUUCCAUAUAACAUUAAUAAGCAUGAGUUUUAAAUUUAUAUAUUUUAAAUUUUUUAGGUAUGACCCCAAUAAUUUUCCAAUACUUGUUAAGUUAAAUUUUUUGUCACAAAAAUUCAAAGUAGGAUUUUAUCUUAUUCUACUACCUAAUUAUGUAUAUAUUCGAUUUAAAAUUGCCGACUUCUGCUCAAUAUCUCAUAACGUGCCAUAUAAGUGAUUUGAUUUGAUGCAAUUUUUAAAAGCUUAAGCUAACAAAAUAUAUAUUGUGUAAUAUAAGGUUGGAUUUAUUUUAUCGUAAAAGUUUUAUAAAACUUUUCAAAAUUGUAUGUUGUCCAAGACAACAGAAAUCAAUAAAUAAUCAAAUUAAAUACA